AGGAUCCGUAUAUCCAUACAAAGACAUAUCCUUGCACUCACACCCUGUAAAAGCUUGCAAGAUGGAUUACUCUAAAUUGCCAACCCCGUCGCACUGCACUGCCGAUUUCUGCCUCAUUCCCAUGGGCACCGCUACUGCUUCGGUCUCCAAUGAAGUAGCUGCUGUUCAACGCCUCAUGAAGGCAAGUGGGUUGAGCUACACGAUGCAUUCUGCCGGCACCACUGUUGAGGGAUCAUGGGAUGAGGUAAUGCACCUCAUCGGUCAAGCUCAUUCUUUGGUCCACCAAACUGGUGUCCUUCGAGUGCAGACUGACAUCCGCGCUGGCUCAAGAACCGAUAAAACGCAAUCCUUUUCCGACAAGGUCGCCAAGGUCCAGAGCAUCCUAGCUGCGGAUGGCAAGACGGAAUAGGAGGGAGCUGUGGCCACUGAGCCAGCGGCUGAGACGGAAGGACCAGCAACAACCGCAGAACCCGUCUACCAACCAGAGAACCUGGACCAGUAUGUUUUGAAGGUAGAGUUAUUCUAGAUUGUGAGGAAUCCAGGGAAGUGGGAGGCGGCAGCAGCAUUGGACGCUCAGAGUGGCUUCCGAACCCGUUGCCUUCGUUUGUAUAACUCAAAAUCAUCCAACCUCUAGAAUUCCAACUGGCGAUCCUCUCUAAUGUUAUAUGCCUCAUAUUGCAUCCUCUAUAUUUGAAGAGGACUUUCUAUGACGAAGU